AGGCGACGCCUCCGCGAGCUGGCAGCCAUCGCUCAGCAAGUGAUGCGGCCCAGCGCCAGGCUCUCCCUCGGCACCUGCGCGACGCCGGCCGCGGCACGCGCCGAAGCGCCUCCUCUCGGAGGGCGCUCGCUGCACGCCAAUUUUUUGAGAAGCGCAGACAGGAGCCCAGUGGCACCGCUGCACGCGCACAGAAGCCCUGUGCACGUGCGGUCUCGACGCGCCCAAGUGGAGCAUCGCUGGCAUCACGGCAGACCCGCGGCGAGCCCUGCGCCCCGCGCCCGAGGAGACGACGCCGGCACCGCGGCAGGCCCCAGGCGAACCCACCGCGUCCGAGGCGGCGCCUGCCCUGGUGGCCGAGGUGCCCUCCCCGAGGCAUCAGGCCGCACGUCAGAGCAGAAGGCGCGGCGACAAAGGCCAGGCGGAGCAGGCCCAGACGGAGGCCGAGCAUUCCGUGCGGAACUACUCCGCGCGGGCUCGGCAACCUAUCAGGGGAUCUGGGGAUUUGUGUGUAUUUAUCUGUGUGUCCCCAGGCCCCUUGACUUCUGGAGGUCUGGAGGGGCCCGGGUCUUGCGCGCCGGCGGAAGCCCUGGAGGGGCUGGGGCGCGGGCGCGCGCGCGCGCGCACGGCCGCGAGCAAACGCGAGGUCGUGCACGCGUGCCUGCACGCACGCCCCCCGCCCCCUCUCCCUUAGUGGGCGGAGAACGGUAUAACAUCAUUUUUUCUGCCAGCAGGGUAUAAACUUCCCAGUCGCCCUGGGGCAGGCGUCCCCGGCGACGAACAAACUAUUGCGAAGGCCUUACG